AUGUCUGUGCUCCAGACACGGCUGGCACCUGCGCCUUUGCCCGCGGACGCCCAGGGGCCCUCCCUCCCUCCCCCCUCUCCCCUGCGCUCGGCCCCCUACCUGACCUCCUCCGUGUGGCCCGUGGUCCGCGGGGAGCCGGGCCGUCUGGUGCCCGCAGGCCGGCAGCCCGCAGCUCUUACACGCUGCCCGGCCGUCCUGCCCCACACGGAGCAGCUGUACUCGACCGUGUUCCAGGACAUCUGCAGGCGGCACGGCAGGACGUACUCCUGGGCCGUGAAGGCGCUGGUGAUGGGCAAGACGGCGCCCGAGGCCGCCCGGGUCAUCGUGGACGAGCUGCAGCUGCCCAUGUCCGCCCAGGAGCUGCUGGCCGAGAGCCAGGACAGGCUGAAGGACCUCUUCCCCACCGCCCGGCUCACGGCAGGGGCCGAGCGGCUGAUCCGCCACCUGCACCAGCACGGGGUGCCCAUCGCCGUGGCCACCAGCUCGGGCGCCGCCUCCUUCGAGCUCAAGACGCGCCAGCACGGCCCCUUCUUCGGCCUCUUCCACCACGUGGUGCUGGGGGACGACCCCGAGGUGCGCAGCGGCAAGCCGCACCCCGACAUCUUCCUCGCCUGCGCCCGCAGGUUCUCCCCGCCCGCACCCCCCGACAAGUGCCUGGUGUUCGAGGACGCCCCCAACGGUGUGGCGGCGGCCGUGGCGGCGGGGAUGCAGGCGGUGAUGGUGCCCGACGCCCACCUGAGCCCAGAGCUGACCGCGCAGGCCACGCAGGUGCUGCCGUCCCUGCAGGACUUCCGGCCCGAGCUCUUCGGCCUGCCGCCCUUCGACUGAGCCCGCGGCCCCCCUCCCCCCAGCCCACUCACACUCCGCACCCCACAGCCCCACGAGCCACGCCCGGCACAGCCGUGGCACUAGCGGGAGGGUCACAGCCGAGCCACGGGGGACACCACACAGCCAGGGGAGC